AUGUCCGAACUCAGCAACAUCCCACCAGUCACUCAUCAAGAUUCUUUAGUUCUGCACACAGCGGUCGACUUCGGUCACAAAGAGGGCAUCGGUGUCGGUAUCAUCCAACGCGCGGCAACAAACGCAGCCUGGACCAGCACCCUACCAAUGGAGGAGCACAAACACGGCAUCGAGCGUGGGCAGGUCAGAGCUAAGAACGUCAAAACGCGCGAAAGAGCUCAUAUGUUCGCGCUCAUACUUGCCAUGGGGCUAGCACGCAGUACACUCAAACGACGAUGUACUACCACACGCAUCAAAAUGCAAAGUGUCACGGUGCUCGGUAGUGUGCCAGCGGUGGUUGAACUGAUCAAGUAUCACCGAGCUCACGAUGCCAAGAGUCUUGAAUCCGUGGUGAGCACGGAGGACCGCUCGAUGAUCAAAAGAGUCUUGGCGAGUGUAAAACGACUGUCGCGAUACAAUGUCCAAGUCACAGUCGUAGGAGAUGGGCAAGAAGGCAAUACUGUGGAGGCAGCAAGAGUAAAGAUGAUUGCCCGCCAGAGAAAGAAGAAGGCGUGUCGUCGCCGUUAUCACGCACGACGAAUCAUGUCCACAAAUGUCGGGACGGCAGGCGAUGAGGAAGAAGAUGGAGGAAGCGACGAGGAAGAGAAUGGAGUGGGCGAUGGGGAAGAAAGGAGAAAGGAUAGUUUGCAUUCGAGACCUAUGACAGAAAGAGAAUCGUCAAGUACAUUCAUGAUAAAUGAGACAGGUGAGCCUGAGUUGCAUUGGACUUGA